CACAACGUGAGCCGCGCCGAGCUGCGCCGCUUCCUGCGCGCCUACGAGGAGGCCAGCGGCGCCGGCAUCCGCGUCGACGACGUCCGCCCCCGCUGGGACUUCACGGGCGCCUUCUACUUCGUGGGCACCGUGGUGUCAACCAUAGGGUUUGGCAUGACCACCCCAGCCACCGUCGGAGGCAAAAUUUUUCUCAUCUUUUACGGCCUUAUAGGAUGUGCGGGGACCAUUUUAUUCUUUAACCUGUUCCUGGAGCGGCUGAUCACGGUCAUAGCAUAUGUCAUGAAGUCCUGCCACGAGAGACAGCUGAGGAGGAAGGGAGUCCUUCCUCACGACGGCCGGCGGGGCUCAGCGGGCUCCGAGGCGGACAGCCUGGCGGGCUGGAAGCCCUCCGUGUACUACGUCAUGCUCAUUCUGUGCAUAGCCUCGCUCAUCAUCUCCUGCUGUGCCUCUGCUAUGUACACGCCGAUUGAAGGGUGGAGUUACUUCGACUCACUUUAUUUUUGCUUUGUGGCCUUCAGCACCAUUGGGUUUGGUGAUCUGGUCAGUAGCCAGAAUGUCCGGUACGAAAGCCAAGGUCUUUACCGCUUUGCCAAUUUUGUCUUCAUACUCAUGGGGGUUUGCUGUAUCUAUUCUUUAUUUAACGUGAUCUCUAUUGUCAUCAAACAGUCUAUAAACUGGAUAUUAAAGAAGCUUGACUGCAGGUGCUGCCAUAGAUGCCAAAGCAAAUUAUUUAGGUCACGGAGGAACGUGGUAAUGCCAGGAAAUGUGCGCAGCCGGAGAAACAUCUCCAUCGAGACCGAUGUUAUCAAUGAGAGCGACACAGACGGACGCCGGCUGUCAGGCGAGAUGAUCUCAAUGAAAGACUUUUUGGCCUCCAACAAAGUUUCACUGGCCAUCAUGCAGAAACAGCUGUCAGAAAGUGCCAAUGGCUACCCAAGGCAAAUGAGCUGCAAUUCAAAGCAAAACGGAUUCUCUGGUGGUGUUGGAGCCCUAGCAAUUAUGAAUAACAGACUGGCAGAGACAAGUGUGGAUAGGUAAAACUAAUGAUAGUAACUAUGAAACCGUCUCUAACAAGCAUAGAAAUAACAUGCAGCAAG